GUUGUUGUUUUUGGAAUUUGGAAUACGAAUGUAAAGUGCAUCGUGCUGCUCCUGGUGACGAUUGUGGCGAAAAAACAAAGAGAAUUACCUUUGAUACAGUGUUGUGAAUUCGGUUUAAGUUAUUUUCCGUGAUAUUACUGAAUUCCGAGUCUUUUUCAUCACUAUAACAAUCUCAAAAUGUCUGCCGACGAAGUAAGCCAUCAGAUAUUUGCCAUCAUCCAAGGUUUGCCGUCUGGUGCUACAAACGAUGAUCUACGAAAGAGUAUUCCCGAUGUUACACCGGCACUUCAAGUUGAAGGACUCAAUAAGCUGCUGCAGCAAGGAGUUAUUGAGGUUCUUAAGAAAGGGGAGAAACUAAUUUAUCGCACAAAGGAUCCUAAAAAAAGUACACUUCCCAAAGAAGCCGAUACAGAAGAAAAAGUUGUCUAUGGUAUAAUUGAAGAAGGUGGCAACAAAGGAAUAUGGAUUCGAGACAUAAGAAUGAUAUCUAAUUUGAACAUGACACAAUUGAAUAAAAUUCUAAAGAAUUUAGAAACGAAAAAGCUUAUUAAAGCGGUUAAGUCUGUAAAUGCAAGUAAAAAGAAAGUCUACAUGCUUUAUAAUUUAGAACCAGAUCGAUCUAUAACUGGGGGAGCAUGGUAUCAGGAUCAAGAUUUUGAAGCUGAAUUCGUUGAUGUUUUGAAUCAACAGUGUUUGAGAUUUUUACAAAUGAAAAGAGAAACAGCAGAAAGUAAACGUGAUGGUCCGUUGGCAUUGAAACAAAUGUCUUGUUGUUCAGUCAAAGAGGUACACAAAUUUAUAUCAGACUUGGGAAUUAGUAAAGUUAGUUUGGAUGAAGAUGAUUUGGAAACUAUUUUGAAGACAGUUGUUUACGAUGGCAAUGCUGAACGUAUUUUAAUGUCUAAUAAUUCAUAUGUUUAUCGAGCAAUUAAUUCUCCACUUGCUGCACCAGGUCUUGUACAAAUGCCUUGUGGUAUUUGCCCGGUUAUUAAGAAUUGUUCGAAUUGUGGAGAUGUAACACCAAAUCUUUGUCAAUACAUGACCGAAUGGUUAGAUUAAUAUUUAUGUAAGCAUUAAAAUAAACAACUAGAUUCUAGUUUAAAAAUA